GAGAGCUCGGAGAGCACACGGCGGGAGCUUGAGGAGACGAAAGCCUCUCGGGCGAAGCUCUGCGAGGAGUUGCAGAGGGCCGAGGCGGAGUUGGAGACGUCGCGUGACGGGCUUCAGCCCAGAGACGAGCCCGAGGCGGAGACGGAGAGGAAGCGUAUCGCUCAGCUCGAGUCGGACCUGCUGCUGCUGCGGGAGCAGCUGCAAUAUCUGGAGACGGAACGAGGCAUGAGCAUGCCCGCCUGCCCUUUCUGCAGUAGUAUCAACCAUUUCCAGUCGACCCCUGUCAAAAAGUGGGAGCUGUCGUACACAGGCUUCGAGCGGCCGAGUGGUUCUGCGCGAAUCGAGCAUCGGCCCGUGGCAGGCGUUCUUCAAGAGGAGCUACGUAAGGCCGAGGCUGACCUUCGGCAGGCCGAUGCCGAGUCUCCCGCACCUCCGGGACCUCCUCAGAGACCUCUUCCCGCGACCAUCGGCAAGGACGUCGAAGAAGCCGCGGAGGCCGAGGCCGAGGCCGAGACGAGGCCUUGGCUGCAGGCCAGGCUCGGAGAGCUGGAGGCUCAAAAUGCUGCUCUGAAGCGGUCCUUGAACCAACGGCCGAUCGUGUACCAGUUUGCGCCCCCAGACGCAGGCAUCGAUUCGCCUGACGAGCAGGGAGAGGACGAUUCACUUCUGGAAGUUGAGGUGGUCAGCACGUCGCAGUCCUUUUCAGCUCUUGGCCAGCACUUCGCACAAAGUCUUGCCAGGCGCUGCUUGUGGUUCUGGCAGCAUUGCCGCAAACGGCGGUGGAUGUGGGGGCUGGAGCAGCAGCUUCGCUGGCUCACACGGCGUAUUCUAGAACGACCCUUCCUGAUGUGGGUCUUCUACCUGCACGUGCUGGUCCUCUGGUGCCUUGAAGUUUGGCAUCAGGCCUUGGCGAAGCCUCUACCGGCAGAUCCUGCCAUGGCACUCGAGUCGGCAGUGCAGGCUGCGCGAGGCGGCUGA